GCCGUGUGCGUUGAGCUAAAGGCUAUAAGUGCAUUUACGUACAAAGAUUAGCGAAAUAGUUAGGUUUUCGGAUAGAGGCGCGAGCUUCGAGAAACAUGGACAGGUUUUCUUCAGACGGUCAUGUGAAAGGAGUCAGUCUCGGGACUACAAUAUUAGCGGUGAAGUUCGCUGGAGGAGUUAUUAUUGGCUCAGAUUCGCGAGCAUCGAUGGGUGGGUCUUAUGUUUCAUCAAAGGUUAUUAACAAGCUAGUUCAAGUCCAUGACAAAAUAUUUUGCUGCAUGUCAGGAUCGCUUGCGGACGCUCAAGCCAUCACACGUGCAGCUAAAUUCCAGCUCGCUUUCCACAGUAUUCAGAUGGACGAGCCUCCUCUGGUGAUGGCAGCAGCCUCUAUAAUGCAGGAGCUGUGCUAUCAGCACAAAGAGGAGCUCUCAGCUGGUUUCAUCACUGCAGGCUGGGACAGGAAAAAAGGACCGCAGGUGUACUCUGUGUCUUUGGGGGGGAUGCUUGUGAGUCAGCCCUUCACUAUCGGCGGGUCAGGAAGCACGUAUAUAUACGGUUACGUGGACGCUAAGUACAGGCCAGGAAUGACCAGAGACGAGUGUCAGACCUUUGCUGCCAAUGCGCUGGCUUUGGCUAUGGGAAGAGACAAUGUAAGUGGGGGUGUUGCCCACUUGGCUGUCAUCUCAGAAAGAGGUGUUGAGCAUGUUGUCAUCCCAGGAAACAAGUUACCGAAAUUUCACGAUAAAUAGACUGCCGUUAUCAACAUCAAUGGGGUCCUUUAUGUUUGAUGAAGAUGGUGUUGAACAAGCAAUAAAAGUUCUGAUUACAAACUA